AUGCCUCGCCCCAAAGUCCCCGAGAGCCAGCGUCAGCGUGCUGCUGAGGCCUGCCCGGAAGAGCCUGAAGCUCUGGGAGACUUCAUCGAAGCCAACCGAAUGGCCGUUGCCAAGAUCCAUGUAUCUUGUCUGUAUUAUUUUGCUGUCACACUAGCAACUCGGCCGAUAUUCAUCUCCUCCCUCAACAGCCAAGCAGGAAACAAGAUUCAUCACCCGCCGCUAGCCGCGGCGUGCAUCGAAGCUGCCGUGUAUCUGGCACAAACUUGUGCUGACGCUCGAAAGGCUGGGCUACUCGAGAGAAGCAUGUGUAUCCUGAAAGCUUUAGUAUUCUCUGCAGGACUCAUUCUCGGAGUGGAGUGCUUCGCAAAGGUCAGCAUCGAUCUCGAGACCGAUAGAGCAUUUCAAGGAGCCAUGGACGUUUUAAAAUUUCUUGCUGGCCAAAGCCCCCAGGCCGCACAUUACCUGGAAAUAUUGAUGUCGUUGGCUACCGCCAUCACAGAGCGUCGCUCAAAGUUGAAUAAUGCUGGAGGCAGUCGUUACGUCUCAAGGCUCUUCAGCUUGGAGAGCCUAAGCAGUGUCAGCGAUGGCAACCCGGAGGGACAUACGGAGGAGGAGCCAUCCUGGGCCUCAACUCGGGCUGUAACUGAACAAGGCUCUUUUGACGUUUGGCCUGGGGCUGACGGGGGGUUGUUAAACUGGAGUGAGCUCCAGUUUGACGAUAGCGAUCUGCACAUUGACUGGCAAAGCUUAAGUGUAUUUUGA